AUGGAAUCGGAACCCAAAGAUGAGAUGUCGGGGCAAGCGUAUUUGGAUGAGAUGCGAGAGAAUUAUAUACGCUUCAUGGAGGAGAACAGUCGGAAUAAGGUCAUCAACAGAAUCGAUGGAGGCGCGAAGAAGAGGGAGGAGGAGGCGGAGAUGAAUAUGCUUCGAAGGCGGAGAGAGAGGUUAAUGAGGCAUUUGAGGCGUAGGAGGAGGCAGACAGCCAAGAAGAAGAAGAAGAAGAAGAAGAAGCAAUCCAAAUCAGAGGAGUCAUUUACCAGUACUGACUCAGACGAGGAGAUGAACAUCUCCCUGGAGGAAGUGAAACGACUCAUGGAGAAUUUGAAUUCAACUUUGAAGUCUAAAGAGGUGUUCAUCAACAACACUAACAGUGUGAAGAUAGAGGAUUCCAAGGUGGAGGAGGAGAUGAAUAUCGCCACCGACGACGACGAGAACAUGUUCCCAAGGACUAGAGGGAGACUCGUGAGGUAUUUAAGGCGGCAGAGGUCCAAACCACAAGGCUCCUCCUCCUUCCAAAUCGACUUCCAUCAUCUCCAGCUGCCAUCCGACAACGAGUAG